AACGCGGGUGCACGCGCGCUUGCCGCGAGUCCGAGAAGAAGCCAUGUCUCUGAACUGGGCGGCCGCGUUCGUCGCGAUCCUCUACUACCUGACGGUCAUCUUCGUGGGCGUCUGGGCCGGUCGCAAGGUGCACAUCCACGACUCGUCAGAGCGACGCCGUCGCAGCAGCGCCAAGCAGGGCACGCCAACGUCGCCACAGCUCAGCAUUAGCGCGGGUGACCAAUACGUGAGGAACCUGCUCGUCGCCAACAGGAGCCUGCCGCUGGUCCUUAGCUGCGGAUCCAUGACCGCCACGUGGGUUGGAGGCGGCUACCUGAACGCAACUGCCGAGGCGGUCUUCCAGCACGGCCUGCUGCACACGUACGCUCCGUUCGGCUACACCCUUAGCCUGCUGCUGGGCGGCCUCUUCUUCGCCGGUAGAAUGCGGCUGAGCGACGCGAUGACCAUGCUGGACCCGUUCCAGAAGCACUACGGCCGCUGGAUGGGACUGCUGCUGGCUCUGCCGGCCGUCGGCAGUGAAGUCCUCUGGUCGGGAGCCAUUCUGUCCGCUCUCGAGGGAACCGCUGCCACAGUCAACGGUGUCUGGAACGAAUUGUUCGUCUUCGCCAGCGCCGUGGUGACCUUGAUAUACACGUCGCUGGGCGGCAUCUACUCCGUCGCAUACACUGACAUCCAUCAGCUGUCGAUGUGCAUCCUGGGAAUGAUCGUCUGCUUGCCGUUCUGCCUGAGGCAAAAGUUUUCCGGCCAGGUGGGACCACCUCAUGACGAUUGGCUUGGCUCCUUGCCUUCCGAGGAGUGGGGUCAAACGAUCGACGUCAUUCUGAUGACGGCGCUUGGUGGCAUCCCGUGGCAGGUUUACUUCCAGCAAGUUGUGUCCACCGAGAGCCCGUACAACGCAAAGGUGCUGUCGUUCGUCGGUGCCUUGGGAAGCUUCACGCUGACCCUGCCACCAGUCAUAAUCGCCGCCUCCGCUAGAGGAACCACGUUCGUGUUUGGAUUCGUCCUCCGGGUCCUGUGCGGGGAGUCGUCGGCACGAAUCCCAGUGGUCCUGCGGUUUCCCAACUACGACGAAGUUGCGGGCCAGCGGUUCCCCUUCCGCACCUUCUGCAUGGUGUCCAGCGUGGUAGUUCUGCUGGUCGUCUCGCGCCUGGCGGCCAUCGCGUUCCGGCAGGCGCUGCUGUCGCCUGCCUCCGAUGUGUUCCGCUGCUUCCAGGCUCGUCUCGAUGCCGACGACUCGCGCCUGGCGGCCUUGACGGAGCUGGACAAAACGUGUCAGUCCCCGGGUGGCGCUUCGCCUUUCGAUGCCGACUCGACGACCGGACGAGACAGUGCCAAGCAGCGGAAGAAGUCGCAGUCCACACCUGUCACGCCGCCCACGGCUACCCCACCGCCAGAGACCAUCGCGUCACCCUCGGACGUCCAACCCGGUCCUUCUGAAGUGGCCGCGCAGCCAAGCCUCGAUGCAGGAAAGAUUCAGCCAGAGUCGGCAGGGCGCUUGGCCAAAGGGCCCUCGUCAAGACGCGGCCCUGCGUCCGGCAGUGCUUCUCCGAAGAGCAGCCGAGAGUUUCAGGAAGUCAAGACGCCCGAACUUGCCGGGAAGGUGUCCUCUGUCUCGACGUCAGCCGCACGCGCGUCUGGGUCCACCAGCCUCAACUACCCUUCGUCGUCACCAACGCAACCGGCGGGCACGCCUCGCGCAGUCACCAGGAAUGCCCCCAGGAGUCCCUUGAGGGCAGUCGGCGGCUCGCAGCUGCUUCACAGAACCAUAAGUCGCGAGUCGACCAGCUUGCGACGUUGA